GGGAGGAGGGCGGCAACGGGCCAGCGGCUAGCGGCGCGGGACGCAGAGCCUUUGCACUUUCCCUCCCGAGUGUCCCCUCCAACCCCCCCACACUCCACACACCCUGUUUGCCCGUGAGCCUGGGGAACUUGCAGCUUAAAGCCAGCCACCCCCACGGCAGCAUGUACCCCAGCAACAAGAAGAAAAAGGUGUGGAGAGAGGAGAAAGAACGUUUGCUGAAGAUGACCUUAGAAGAGAGACGCAAGGAAUACAUAAGGGACUAUGUUUCUCUGAGCACCAUUCUGUCAUGGAAAGAAGAGAUGAAGAGCAAAGGCCAAAAUGAUGGAUGCAUCCCUAAUGGUUGGAGAAAUGGUGGAGAAUGUCAUGAGAGAGAGAACCUGCGGAUCCUUGCCUGAGACAGUUAUGGAAAGAAAGUCUUACAGCUUGGGCAAUAGGAAAAGAGGCCCUUUAUCUGAUCUUGUUUUCCAGUCCAUUUUGAAUCAAGAAAGACUCAUUGAAGACUCCUUGAGAAGAGUCUGCUUUGAAGAAGAUAAACAGACAAAAAAGGGUGGGCAAGAGUGUGAACUUCCUGAAAGCAAACAGACAAGAAGGGUGGGAGACACAUGCAGUUUUGUUGCAUGUCUAACCCUGACCUUCCUGGAGUCAACAUUGAGAACUGAGAAUGUAUUAAAUUUAAAAAUGACUGAAUUUUUUGAGCUUUAAAAAAUGCAGGUUGUCUAGUGUGGACAGGCAAUUGGACUUCAGAUCUAGGACUGUGUCUCUCUACUGGCUCUAGUUAUCAGCUUGAAUAUUCAGAAGCACUACUUUGACUUCAUGAAUGAUGGCAGCUGGCUAUCUUUUCAGCAGAGCUUCCAAGAUGAAUAAAAAUAGUGUCUGCCAAAACCUAAAACAUACAGUCUGUGUGUUUAUCACUAGACCUUUGUAUUUUAAAAUUUUAUGCUGCUUAACCUUAAUUGUGACUUUUUGUCAAUAAAUAACUUUUCAAAAGAA